AUGUCAAUAACUUUGUGUAAAAGGUGUGUAAAAUUAAAUUAUAAAAUUGGCUCAUUUUUUAACUAUAAUCUCAAAUUACUUAAUUCCUCACAUAAUUCACAUUUUGCGUUAUUUUUAAGGCAAUUUUCUAGUGAUAUUUCUGGUUCUGAGAAUUCCAAUGACUCUAAAACUUUAAAUUUAACCUAUGAAAAGGUCUCUGAUCCCGAUUUUAGUGAUGGUUUUUACGACGAAGAUGAAGCUUUUUAUCCAGAACCAUUCGAUGAAUUACAAAAUAUUUCAUUAAACAAGUUAAUUUCAUUCAGAAAUGCACUUAAUUCUCAAUCUGACGAAUUUGACUAUAAAUCGCAAAUAAAUAACUUAAAAUUACCCAAACUUCGUAAACAAAUUGAUAAAAUUCUAGUUGAACCUGAUGUAAAUAUUAAAACCGAUGAAGACGUGGUUAAAGUUAGUUUAAGUGAGUCUGAUUUGAAGAUGAGGAGUGACAGGAUUACCGAAUUUUUGGAGAAGAUUUUAAGGGAAAAGGUGAAUAGAAAGUGUUCAGUAUCGUUUUUUGGAAGUGCAAUAAAUGGUCUUUGGACUGAUGGCAGUGAUUUGGACGUCUGUGUUCAAAUCCCAAAUGUUACCUCACGAAAUGCAAUUAUAAGGAAUUUAAGACGAAUUUCAAGCGUUCUUACGCCUUUGUCACCCAGUAGAAUAUUUCAAAACAGAUUCACAGCCAAAAUACCAAUUCUACACUGGAAACGAGACUGCAUCAAAGCACCAAACAAACUCAUCAAUACAAUCUCUCAGGAUAAAAUGUAUUUUGAGUGUGAUGAUAUACCAUCAAUUGACAUAUCAGUGAACAAUGAUUUGGCAAUAGUGAACAGCAUUUUAGUAGGAAGUUACGUCUCUUUUGAGCCUAGAGUUAGGGAUUUAGUGCUGUAUCUUAAACUUUGGGCUAGGAAUAGGAAUAUAAAUAACAGGUCUGAAGGAACUUUAAGCUCAUUUGCUAUUUCUCUAAUGCUGAUCCACUUUUUACAAAACUGUAAUCCACCAAUUUUACCCUCAUUACAGGAUUUAGCAUUUUCAACAAAUGAAGAACCAAAUUAUAUCUCAGGGGUUGACUGCAGAUUCUCAACUGAUGUGAAUAAAAUUAAGUCAGAACUUAACUUUAUAACAAAGUCUAAACGAAACAACUGUGACAACAAAACCCUGUUAUGUCAAUUUUUUAAAUACUUUGGAUGGUAUAAUUUAUAUGCACAAAAUAAACCAAUCCUCAUUAGAAGUGUCGAUUUAUCAGAAUUUAAGCCUGAAAAUGGUUUAAUUAAUGAACCUUUUUUACAUGUGGAUAACCCGUUUGAAGUUGGAGUUGAUGUUGCCAAUAUUGCCAUCCAUCAGAGAACUAAAAUAACCAACGAAUUCAGAAAAGCUUAUCACGCACUUAAAAGCGGAAUUUCACUCUCCAAUCUACUCAGCAAUUUUUAA